AUGGAUUAUGAGCAGACGUAUGGAGCAGUGGGCAGGAUGGCAGCUGGGAUUGUGGCAGGCGAGUGGGCGCCUGGGUGGAUGACUGGGCUCACGGAUUCAUCAGCUGUGAAAAGAGCUGCCAGCAUUGGGGUUGCGGAUAGCAAUGGACAGAGACACUGGUGGAACAAGAAGUGCAUGAGGGCAGAUAAAGUUGAAAAAGGAGGUGAAAUGGGGUGGUUGGAUGGAUGGGAGUGGUUGGAUGGUUGGUGUCUGGGCGGAAGGACGCAUGGGUUGGUAGAAAUGAGAGGGAACAUAAAUGUGGAUCCUCAGCGGAUGGAGUUGCUGUUGCAUGGAAGCAGUGGUAUCAUGGCGGAUGUUGAUCCAGCAGUUGCUGGGCAGAUGAUGUGUAAAUCAGCUCUAAAGAUAGGCAAUUGGGAGUUUUUCUUUUGGCAAAUAAGUCAAAAGGUUGAAUAUGGAGACCAUGAUUGGCUGCUUCCUUUGGAAAAGAGUAGGAAUGCAGAAAUUAACCUGGAUAAUGGUAUAGAACUUUACCAGUAUGCUUUACCAACAUGCAGCUCCCUUGUUGACCUUCCCUUCUCUCCCAUCCACUACAUCAAUGUCCUCCACACCUUUCAAAUGUCUCCUCCUCCCCUACCUUCACCUCAACAACAGCGACCCUGGAAGCAUUGGCCUUCCUUCAUGGAUGCCACUGCUGCAGUUUGCAUGGCCUCGGAUGGCUGCAGAGGUUGCUAUGAAAUAUUUGAGAUGCGGCUGCAUCUUGCCCUUGAACAGCUGGACCUUGAAUGGCCUCAAGAGGAUGUGGUAGUGUUUGGUCUACUUUGGCACAGGAUGGUGGAAUACAACAUGCGGUACACGGCAAAAUAUACAAAAUCUGGCACCAAGAAAGCUGCAAAGGCCGCAAACGUGACACAGUCCAAGGUGGCACCCUCUGCAAAAGUGGCUGAUUCCAGCUCUACGAUCACAACCACCUCAAAAACUGCACGCACCUUGAAAUCUGGCAUGACCGCCUCCAAGAAGAGCCAAGACGCAACUAUGGCACCCUAA